AUGAGGCGGUCAUUGUUUGUUAGUAUCUUACAUGAUAUUCAACAAGUGAAUGAGUACUUCAUCCAAACCCGUGAUGCCACUGGUGCUCCUGGAUUAUCCAGUGUACAGAAGAUGACUGCAGCACUUCGGAUCCUGCAGUACGGCGUGCCUGCUGAUACUGUAGACGAGUACAUUACAAUCGGUGAAAGUAAUGCAAUUGCCGCCUUAAAUUUUUUUAUCAGAUCAAUUGUUGUCACUUAUGAAGCCGUUUACUUAAGAUCUCCAAAUGACGUUGAUGUCGCCAGAUUAUUGCAAGAGGGAGAGCAACGUGGGUUUCCUGGAAUGUUAGGGAGUUUGGAUUGUAUGCACUGGCGUUGGAAUAAAUGUCCAACUGCCCAAGUUGGUGCUUACACUGGACACUAUCACAAACCAACAGUUGUACUCGAGGCAAUUGCCUCCUAUGACUUGUGGAUUUGA